CAACGGAUCUGUGUGCUCGCGAUUAUCGUGGGCGAGUACUAGUUACCCCGAUUCUGCUGUUUUUGGUGUCGAUUCGGAGAGGCUGAGCAUGCUGCGAGAGGUUACCGAGGACGACCCCAGUGGCAGAUUUGCGGAUUUGAUGGAUUCUGUUGACGUUAGGUCAGAAACAGGCAAUGUGGAUCUAGAUGACAAUAGGGCUUCGAGGAUGGAGAAUAGAUAUACGGCUCUUGAUGACAAAGUUGGAUGGGUUACAAGGAACAGGAAGGUGGCAAUGCCAGACGAGAGAGCAACAAGUGCUGAAAGGGUGACAGCCCUGGAAACAGCACUCACAGGAUUUGCCGAAAGAAAAACAGACACGGUGGUGACACCAUCGGUUGGGCUGACUUUUGACUCUAUAAUCGAGGCCUGCGAUUUUUACAAUCUUUAUUCCUGGGAGACAGGGUUCGGCAUCAGAUAUGCAAAGAGCAGAACCAAUGUCAAAGGAACGAGAUGCAUGCAGGAGUUUGUGUGCUGCUGCUCGGGCAAGCCAAAAGAGGCGAACUCAACAUCAUCACAGUGUCAAUGCCAAGCCAUGAUAAGACUCUUGCGUACAGAUGACGAUGGCUGGUACAUCAACGAAUUCAGGUCCAGCCACAAUCACUCGAUGUUGAACACAUGUGCUGAGAAACUCCACUUCCCUUCACAUAGGCAUAUUGACAAAUAUACGAGAGAGCUAGUAUCUCAGCUUAGAGAGAAUAAUGUGAACCUGAGAAAAGUUUACAACAUUCUUGCAACUUUUUUUGGAAGGGUAGAAAACGUUCCGUUCACCAAAAGAUGCUUGAGGACACUGUGUGGGAAGCUGAGUAGGGAGCAGGCGGACGAUGAUGUACAGAAGACUAUGGCCAUCUUUUCAUAAUUGAAAGUCCAAGACGGCGAGUUUACUUACAAUGUGCAGGUAGACGAUGAAAGUAGGAUACGCACUCUCAUGUGGACAAAUGGGCGUAGCAAAAAACAAUACCAUCACUUUGGCGAUGUGGUCACAUUCGACACAACAUACAAGACCAAUCUAUAUGAUAUGCCAUUCGGAAUUUUUGUUGGCGUGAACAACCACUUCCAGAGUGUGUUGUAUGCUGGUGUGCUCAUGCGAGAUGAGACGGUCAACACUUUCAAAUGGAUUU